AUGGCCGAUCACAGCACACCAUCUUGUCCGUUUUGUCCAUUCACAGACCAGGACGCUGACUUUGUUGCUCAGCAUAUCGAAUUCUGUCAUCCUGAAGUUGGGGCAGCGGGCUUUCUGUUCGACAGCCCCCCUGUCGCGAGUCCGAGGUUGUCACCGUCUGAAGAAGAUGUAGACAAGUAUGUCGACUGUCCACAUGGAUGUGGUGAGACAGUGGCAAGUGCUGAACUAUCUAAUCACUUAGAUCUGCAUGUUGCUGAGGAUAUUGCACUGGAUGAUGCCGGGGCAACGCCAGCACACCCAAAUGCAGGCGCUGCACAUGAAGAUGACCACUUCUUUGACGGGGGUGACUCGUUUGAUAUAUUGGAUUCUGGCAAAAGAGGCAAGCGCGGUAUGCAGCGAGAUGUCUCACGGGCAAAUACAGCAAAACCACCACGGCCUCAUAGCCCUCCGAGGGCAAUUGGCCCUGAUGGCGCAAUGAGAUUAGGACGCUCAGAGCUGGGUCCCCAUGCCCAUGAAAAGAAAAUGCCGUCGUGGCUGAGAAAAAUGUUAGAGAAAGGAGGUCGCACUUCAAAGCAAACCCAAAUUACCUCGGAUGGUAAACUGUCUCGACGCGAUACAGUGGAAAAUGAGACCGACAAUUUGAUUCCAAUCCUUACUCGUUUAUGCGAGCAAGACAAAUCAGUGAAGCGGGCAUUCUUCUGUAGUCCCAAGGUCCGUCAUAUUUGCAAGAUGCCCCGCGAAGGCGGAUUUUGUGGCUACCGAAACAUUCAAAUGCUCGUUUCUUAUUUGAGGAAGUCUCGAAGUUUUGGAUAUGAAAACUUUUCAGACAAGGGCCCAACGAUCUUGGACCUACAGGAUAUGAUUGAAUCUGCCUGGGAUAUGGGAUUCAACAGUGUUGGGAGAACUGAGACUGGGGGUAUCAAAGAUACCCGCAAAUUUAUUGGAACGCCCGAGGCACAAGCGCUAUUCCUGAGUCUUGGGAUCCCGUCUGACGCCAGCAGUUUGUGUGGAAGUAGCGACCUACGCGCCUGUGAUGCACUCUACAUGGAUGUAGCAAACUACUUCAAGUCGGCAUGCUCCUUGGAAAAUGCAGAUACCAAGAUCUUUAAGACUGAUCUCCCUCCGAUAUACUUCCAACAUCAAGGACAUUCCAUGACAAUUGUUGGGUUUGAGAUCCGAGACAAUGGCAGUGCCAAUCUGCUCGUCUUUGAUCCUAUGUUCAAGACUUCCCCUGCCAUGGAACGUAUGCUCGGGGCCUUUGUCAAACCCAACGAUCCUACGCGCCUGCUCAAAGCAUAUCGCAGAGGCACUUCUUAUUUGCAAAAGUACAAGAUGUUCGAGCUUCUCAAAUUAUGCAUGACUACCCCCAACCCCGAGCCCACUCACAAAUGA